AAGGUAUACCGCCAUACGUCACGUAACCAUCUCUGACGCGUCCCCGUAUCUUCCCCUGAGCUAUACUGAUUACAUUCUGUUCUGUUCCAGGUAUUAGGAACAGCAUCACCAGACCCAGUCUUAUCAUAACCGGCGGCUGGAGACGCGAUGGAGGACGAGGUGACGUUCAUGUUCCAGCUGGGAGUGCUCCGGGACGCGGUCUCGGCGCCAGCGCAUCUCCUCACGCUGGCACACCUCAAGGAGCUAGCAGUCAAAUUCGUCCACGAAAAGAUCCCGGACAAUGGUCUGAAUCGUCUAGCGGAUCGGAUCCUGUUGUUCAGACACGACUACUGUUCGCCCAACGUUCUCCAACUCCUCAACUCCGGGACAGACGUCGUGGACGAGACCCUCGUGGAGAUCGUGCUCACAGCUAACCCGCUAAUAUGCGACGUCGGCACGGAGAGUCUGCCACUGAUGCGGCCCCACACGCUCGCCGUGCACUCGUACAAGGCGCCGACCUUCUGCGACUUCUGCGGGGAGAUGCUCUUCGGUCUCGUGCGACAAGGACUCAAGUGUGAAGGUUGCGGGCUGAACUACCACAAGCGCUGCGCGGUGAAGGUUCCGUCGAACUGCGCGUCGGCGUGUGCGGGCGGGGCGGCGGGCGGUGCGGGGGGCGCGGGCAGCACGCGGCGCUCCUCCGCCGCCGCCCCCCGCAGCCCGUCGCGCUCCUCCCAGCACAGCCACGCCUCGCACGACGACUCGCUGGUGGUAAACAAAAGAAGCAAAUCCCCUUCUCGUGUGGUCUGGCCUCUGGGCCAAGGCAGCUCCCUCGGCAUUCCUCAUACCUUCGAAGUCCACACGUACACCCGGCCUACGGUUUGUCGCCAUUGCAAGAAACUACUUCGAGGACUGUUCAAGCAAGGUCUUCAGUGUCGAGAUUGUCAUUACAAUGCGCACAGGAAGUGUCUGCCCUUCGUGCCUAAGGAUUGUGGAGGGGAGAUACGAGACCAGCACGGAGAAGCGGACAGCGGGACCGGCAGUGAGCUAUCGGAGACAGCGCCAUUGCUGGACGAGUCUGACGAGGAAGCAACUCCUGAUCACGCCGAUCGAAAUAGCGUGGAUGAGGAGGUACAACUACGAAGACAAAGGGAUGAGGAUUCGGAUGAACCGCAACGUGACACACUGCCGGAGCGUUCGGCGAGCCGACCCAGCAGUUCAUCGUCAUCACCCAGCGCGAACAUCCCGCUCAUGAGGAUAGUGCAGUCAGUGAAGCACACCAAGAAACGGGAGGGACAAUGGCUCAAGGAGGGCUGGCUUGUUCACUUUACUAAUAAGGAUAAGACGCUGAGACGUCACUACUGGCGCCUGGACAGCAAGUCGAUAACCCUGUUCACAUCGGACCAGGGCACCAAGUACUACAAGGAGAUACCGCUCAAUGAGAUCCUGGCGAUCGACACGGCCAGACAGCCGCAGUCAGAGGUGAUGCACUGCUUCGAGCUGCGCACGGCCAACGUGGACUACCUGGUGGGCGCGGAGGCAGGCCCGGGCGGCGCCGUGCCCUCCUCCGGCCUCGGCGCCUACCUCGCGCGCCCCUGGGAGACCGCUCUGCGUCACGCGCUCAUGCCCGUGACGCACCACACGCGUCACGCACAUCACGCGGUGGAUGGCGGGUCGGGGAGUAGCGGGGCCGAGGGCGGGGCUGAAGGCGGGCCUGCGGGGGCCGACGGCGGGGAGGGGGGCGCGGCCUGCGCGGAGGAGAGGGUGACGGACAUGGCGCAGCUCUACCACAUCCACCCCGACGAGGUGCUGGGCUCCGGCCAGUUCGGGAUCGUAUACGGCGGCCUGCACCGGAGGACGGACAGACCUGUCGCCAUUAAAGUAAUAGAUAAACUCCGCUUCCCGACCAAACAAGAGGCGCAACUGAAGAAUGAAGUGGCCAUUCUUCAGAACCUGUCCCACCCCGGCGUCGUGAACCUCGAGAGGAUGUUCGAGACCCCGGAGCGGAUCUUCGUGGUGAUGGAGAAGCUGAAGGGGGACAUGCUGGAGAUGAUCCUCUCGCACGAGAGGGGAAGACUCACCGAGCGGAUCACCAAAUUCCUGGUCGCACAGAUCCUGGUGGCCCUGAAGCAUCUCCAUGAGAAGAACAUCGUGCACUGCGACCUGAAGCCGGAGAACGUGCUGCUGUCCACGGACGACGAGUUCCCGCAAGUCAAGCUCUGCGACUUCGGGUUCGCGCGCAUCAUCGGCGAGAAGUCAUUCCGGAGAUCCGUCGUGGGGACGCCGGCCUACCUGGCUCCGGAAGUGCUGCGCAACAAGGGCUACAACCGCUCGCUCGACAUGUGGUCCGUGGGCGUCAUCAUCUACGUGUCGCUGUCCGGGACGUUCCCCUUCAACGAGGACGAGGACAUCAACGAGCAGAUACAGAACGCCGCCUUCAUGUACCCGCCCGCGCCCUGGAGGGAGAUCUCCGCCGAGGCAAUCGACCUCAUAAACAACCUGUUGCAAGUGAAGCAACGCAAGCGGCUGUCCGUGGACAAGUCCGUGUCCCACUGUUGGCUGCAGACGCGCGAGGCCUGGCAAGACCUGCGCGCCCUCGAGCGCCGCGUCGGCACCCGCUACCUCACGCACCCCAGCGACGACGCACGCUGGACGCGCUGACCAUCAACCCCGGAGCCCCAGCGUGAGCGUCCUCGCUCCCGAGGUCUGCGGCUCCGCUGGAAGAAGCUCCUCAUCAGAGUGCGGUAGCUCCUCUCACCGCGCGGGGCGGGCCCCCGCCGACCCGCAAUAAACUGUAGAACACAAUUUAAGUGAUUUAAAAAUAAAUUAACAACUUAGGAUUAAGACUAUUUAAAUUAAUAUCAUACAACUCAUGAUGCUAUUCGCGGAGACACACGUUAAGUCGAUUCGUGCAAAUGGCCGCUUUUUGUCCAGUUGUUGUUUACAGCGUGGCUUAUUUUUGAUAAAUAUAUUUUGCUUUGUCUACCUGAAUUUAAUUCGGCAAGAAAUACAUUGGACGACUAACAUGGACGACUUUUACGGAGUCGACAGAUGCCGAUGUGACAUGUGUCAAGAGUGUCGUCUGUCAACAGUGACAUGUGUCAAGAGUGAUUUGUGUCAAACAUACUUCACACAAUUUGUCGGCAGUUAGUGCGCCAGGGUCGAUGUGCUGCUUAGUUGGACAGUUGUUAUAAACUAUUUACUUUUUGACAUUGUUAAUGUUUAUUUGUGUAAUUAUUGUUACACGUUCGUAGCUAAAUAAUGUGUGAAUUUGUUUAAUGUGAGAUUAUUAAUAUUAGUGUAUUAUACGGUCGCGGUCACAUUAAGAGUAUGUGAGAAUCAAUACACGCCAACCCAGAUAGUAGACACACUAUUCUGUGAGCCCAAAUAAAUGUGUACUUUAGUACGCGCGUUGCAAACUCGUGUGGCCGCGACCAUUAGCGAUAAGUUUCCGA